AUGGGAAGAGUGACCCUGAUUGGUUGUCUGGCCGGGGUUCAACCUGUCACAGCUCGCUCAGCUGAAGAUAACCCAGGGUUAGAAUAAUAUAGUUAGUAUAGUGCAAAAUUUGAAUUCGAAUAUGAAAGCUAAAAGGUAAAUUCAAUUUGAUUUUUUGUCUAACUUUUGAUGAUCGGAUUUGAUUACAGUUAAAUGAAAAAAUGCUUUUCAACAAAAGAAAAACAAACCCAGAUUUCAUAACGAUAUCUCAAGGAAUUACGUCUUGCACAAGACUCUUUGCAGAUGAUAUGAAGGUGGAUAGGGUACUGAGGGACACUAAGGAAGAUGUUGAAGAACUCGGCAAAAAGAUCUUACUCGUUUGGAAUAUUGGGACAAUUGAGAUUCAACACUGAUAAAUGCGAAGUGAUGCGUAUUUCUAAAAAGACAAACACCGUCGUCGCAAGCUGAGGAACCUGAAUUGAUGUGAUUGGAAAUCAUGCAUUGCGCGCUCAAUCUACAGAUUAGUCAGGUAUCCGCUAGCAGAUAACUAACUAAUCUGUAGGUUCUGUAGACUAGGUUGCGCUGAUUUCCAAAACUAUCUAUAGGCUCUAAGCCAAUGAGAAGACAGAUAGUGAGUACAAUGUAAAAUAAACAGGGUUAUCGGUACGUGGGGGAAAAAGUUCACCCUGGAGUAGGCCUGGGGAACAGUUUCGAAGGCUCAAUCAAGAGACAAGCUGCACAGCGGUCAUAAGCUAAAGCACUGGAAAAUUCAAGAUGGAGGACGGUAAGCAUGCUUUUCUCACUGACUUAUUGCUUAAAUUUAUCCUUAAUUUGGCGCUAUUCAGUUUAAAAAAUGUUUUCUUUAUGUUAUUAAGUCUUUGUUCAUAUUUAUUUCACGAAAAUGAAACGUUUGAAACUCUACGCAGCGUUGAUUUUUAGCUUUUUCGUGAUUUGGUCUGGUUUGUAGCGCUAUGUCGAUGAGUUAUUCUUCUGAUUUCAACUAAUCUCACUAGUAUUACAUAUCUAGUCUUUGAGGGUUUAAUACUUCAAUUUAUAAUUAGGUUCAGGUGCUAGGAGAAUUUCUGCCUUUACUCUCAGAAAAUGACCAUGAAACAUGUACCUUUUUCCUUUGUAAAUAUCAUCUUUUGGUCCACGAAUUUUCUCAAAAUUCUAAUGCACCUAUCAAUGUUAAGCCCGAGGGGGGGGACCCCGGGCAUAUGUGGGGCAUUUGACUUUUCAGAAGAUUUUUUGGUCAAAGUCCCCACCGUGGGGCCCCAAAACUGGGUCAAAUAAGAUCAAAUAUCCCCACCUUAGGGAAGUAAUAUCCCUAAAGUUCAUAGUAGUUGUUGUGUAUAUUUUACAAAUAAUUGAUAUAAAUUGCCAAGCUUUUUUUUUAUAUUUUAAACUCCUUUGAUGCUUUGUGUAAUCCGAGGAAAAUAAUCAACAAAUCUAGCAUUUCACGUGAAAAAAUCAAAUAUAAUUGUCCACAGAGUAAGGUGUUCCAUCAAUUUAUAUUGACAACCAGUAGUGAGAAGCAGUGUUUUUGUUUACAGAAACGAGUGCUUACCUCAAAAACAGCCGUACUUUCCAGCCAGCGCUCCAGUGAAUUCCAAGAUGGCCGGCACAGACGUGACUAGCUACCAGUCCUCCUCGCAAAAAAAAAGCAAACGUCCCCACCCUGGGGCCCUGAUUCUAAGUCAAACUCCCGAGGGUGGGGAAGGCAAAAGAGGUCAAAUGCCCCACAUAUGCCCGGGGUCCCCCCCCUCGGGCUUAACAUUGAUAGGUGCAUAACAGUAUGAAAUGUAUUUCUUUUAGUUGUUGAUCAGUUGUUUAGCUCAGUUUCCAUUGAGAUCAUUAGACCCUUUAUAAGCCGCUCCUUGUGAAUUUCACAGUAUUUGACACUGAACAGCUUACUCGUGGCGGCAUUUUUCGUUUCUUUGAGGUUUAUAGGUUUACCUAGAUUUAAUUUGUACUAAUUAUACUUUUGCAUUGCUUUUUCAAAAUGAUCUGACAUCCCUUUACUUUGUUAAUUUUUUUGCUUAGCGUAUCUUGUCAGUGCUUAUGAUGUAUCGUAAAUCUAGCUGUUCUUGGUGCUCUGUAUCUGUAUUUUUUGCAUAUAUCCCCUAUAUUUUGGUGCUUUUGCUGUAACUCUUAUUGGUAUAAUAAACAAUUAUUUCUUUGUUUAUACCACUUCAUUAAAAAAUUUCUGCAAUUUGAUUGGCUUAGAGCAGUGGUAUUUCAGCUUGAUUUGAAAUACCUACAUGUGAAAAUUACAAACCUUUUGCAGGUAGUAGUAUAAACAAAUAAUAGUAUAAUUUGUAUGUGAUAUUUGGCAUAAAUGCCACUUGUGAUAUUUCAAAAUUGUAUCAAAUUUCACUCAUCUACCGGCUUGUGAAAUUACGUAUAACAAUUUUGAAAUAUCACUUGUGGUAUUUAUACCAAAUAUCACUACUAAUCAUGCUAUUACCUAUACUAACGUGAAGUUCCUCAGCACAUAAGCAACUGUAAUUAGAAAAAAUAAUAUUAACAAAGUGAUCUAGACGUUAUCUCUUUUAGUGCCUGGAAAAAUACAUGUAAAUCCAUGACAAAAAGAUCUCUAUACAUUGUACCAAAGACAGACUAAUUUGUUAGUUUUUUAUGUUGUUUUGGUAUAUCUUGAAUUGGAGCAUGAAGGAGCAGCUCCAGGGUCCACCUCACAGCCAGUUAGACGAAACAUUUCUUUAAAACUGAAAGCAAAGAGCAAGUCAGCAAGCUCAUUGUCAUCUGGGAAAAGCAAGAAAAAGGAAGGAAAAAGUGGAGAAAAGUCUAGGACAGGAUCUGAAGGUAAAGAAGCCAAUUUUCUUUCAACGCUGUACAAUGUAUGUCUGGUUUUAAGCCUUGCUGUCAUGUUGUUUCCUUAGACAAGAAACGUUAGUCCACUUUGUCUGUUCAGCCAGGUGUAUAAAUGGGUACUUGAGGAAUGCUGUGUGAAGGUUGUUGAGAGACACACACUCUUGGGCAGCUCUGUAAAUAAGAGCCUGAGACAGUGGAUUCCCUUUGGCUACAAUGAGCAUGAACCCUGGCUACUUUCAUAAGAAAAUGGAAUAUAGAAUAUAGAACUAAUACAGUGCUUGAAAAAUCUUGAAGUCCAGCUUGUCCUUGGGGCAAGCAGCUCUCAUUUUUUGCUUGGUUAAGGCCAUCUUUUGCUUUUCUCUGUUAACGAUUCUGUUAGAGGAUCAGUACUGUUGUCUUGACCCUUAUUGGGCAAGUGAGCCUUAAAAGUUACUUGUCCGGCAAGAAAAUCCACUUGUCCAGCACUACCAGAUGGGACUUGUUUUGAGCCCUGCAACAUAAAUUUGUUGGUGUUCAUUUCCCUGCCUACAUAUUGUACAUUUAAACAUGUACGGUAUAUCCAGUAACUUGAAAUCUGAGCAACAGCCCUCCUUGAGGAAAUAAGCAACAUUGAAAAGUUUUUUAUUUUUCUGUGAAUGUUUGUUUAUUCAAAAGAGACAAUCAGUAUUACAGUGGGACCACGAUAUAAUGAAACUCUGUAUAACGAAGUCCGGUAUAAGAAACGAUUUUAUUUAAUUUUGCCUGGAUUUGUGUAAAAGUUAUUCAGGUAGAGGCCAUAGAGUACAGUUAGGUCAUAAUGACAUGUUGUGCAGUUCUCAGACCAUAGGAUUCAAGUAAAACCAAGUAAACUAAGCAUGCAAACAUUUCGCUAGAGUGUUAAAGGUCCUCUUAGUUGUUAGAAGUCCUGGAUAGUUAUUUGAUUCUUUGUUUGUCAUAUCUAUUAGGUGACAAGGAAAGUAAAAGGAAACAGAAAUCCCCUGGAACAGCUGCAGCAGCUCAAGUGGUUGUCAUGAGAGAACUCAAGUGGGAUCAUCAAGUAUGUACUAUUAAUUUUAUAAUUUAUGCUCAUUUAGCCCCAGUCACUUAGCCCCUAUUUGUAAGUCGUUUGCCAUAAACAGCCUAAUAAACGUCUACUUCCAAAUAAACGCCCCCUCAACAUUGUUAAAAUUUUAUUAGACGCUCCUCUCUGAUAAAGGCCCCUGUCUAAUAAAUAGACAGUUCGCCAUGAGAAUUACUCCAAAAUACUAGGAAUUAGUAAAAAGGUGCAAAAUCAUUCAAUUCAUUCAGUUUCUUGCUUGAUUAGCAAGGGUAAAUGCGUAUUUCAUCUUGCUCAAUGUUAAGUUAAAAAUGAGGAUAGACUAACGAUGGCAACGCAAAAACAAUGAACGUGGAUUCUAACAUCGAUGUUGGGAUUUGAAAAAGAGCGAUAUGGAUCUCUAGACGGCCUAGACAUAUCAAUAUUGAUGGAGUGGAUAUUCCACCAUUUUUAAACUCUCUUGAUAUUUUUGCCAAAACAGGGCUCAAAAUUGCGACUGAUAGGGUUGCCAAUGUGACUAACAUUUUCUCCUUGGCGACUAAAAAUUCUAGUUUAGUCACCAAAGUGGUGACCAGAUUUCUCUCUGACUUAGAUUUCAAUUAAAUUAGUAAAGUUAAAACAAACAUUUCAUCUUAUCCUGCUUUGCUCUCAUCAUGAAAAAUGUGCCAAAUCGCAUAAACAAAGCCAGUUUACCUCCAAAUUUAUACCGACUUGUAUCCACAAUAUUCUCAAAUCUGAUGGAUUACACCAAACUAUGCAGGGCUUCUGAUAGGUCGCAGAAAAAAGUCAAAUUUCAUGGGAUUUUUAGGGGCAAAUUUGCGAAAAAAUCAACCGAUUUCGUGGGAAUUUUUGGGACAAACUUAGCCGCAAAUCAAUCGGUAAAAAAAGGCCGAUUUUGUGGUUAUUUUCAGGGAAAACUUUGUUAGAGAUUGAUCAGUAAUUGUGCUGACAAUAGACCAGUGUUUUUAAUGUUUUUCUAACAGAGAUCAUUUGCUCUUUCAACAUCUAUAAACAAUGGCAAAGCCUUUAACAUCAUGGCUAGUGCCCAGUUUUUCGCAGCAUAAUCUACGCCUAGUACUUUCGGGACAUUGUUUGCACAUUUUAGUGAUGAAGUUUUAAGAUAAAUUUACAAGUUUACAGCAAGUAAAUAGCCCCAAUAGCUGACAAAAGUUGCAAAUAUGUUGUACAAACAUGUAUUGGAUAAGAUUUCUACCGAAUUUUGCAGUAUUUUGCUUGGUUUUGUGAAUUUUGUGGCUCUGCGAUCGCACGAAAUAUCAGAAGCCCUGACUAUGAGCUACGUCAUUUACAUGAUACAAACUGGCCACUAAAAAUUUCAAUGUGGUGACCCUAUUUCUCCUGUUGGUCGCCGAAAGGCAACCUGAGGAUUUUUUUUAAUUUCAAGCCCUGUGAAAGCAUGUUAGUUUUGUUGAGCUUGUUACAGUUAUGACAAUAAACGCCUCUCCCUUUUAAAUGCCUCCUAACUAUUAAUUGCGCCCACUUGAACCCCUAGAAUUAACUAGAUGCCUUGGACAGUUAUUAGGUCCUUUAUGGUAGCCCCCAGAAUUAAGUCAUUAAUUUUUUCUUAUUUUAGGCAGGCCCAUACAUCUACGUGUACAUGUAGAUGAGAUAACUUAGGCUCUUACUUUUCUGUUAUCAUAUCAGUUUGUUACAAAAACAAGACAUUUAUGUUUCAAAAUAGUUUAGCUUAUCCUCCUGUCUUCCUCACAGAUUUUGCCGAUUGGGCAAAAAGUGCAAGAUCCACUUCUCCACCUUUGUGAAAAGUGUUCUCUCCCUAUCCUUGUUUAUGGCCGACUGGUAUGUAUAACAAGUAUUUACUUAUGUACUCCUUUACCAGUAUGUAAAGAAAGUCAUGUCCGAUAGCCCAGGACUAGAGGAUUUCGGUUAUCUGGCUAGUGAAUUCUGUUCUUUAUUUACCCUAUUGGCAAAUGAAUUUCUUUUAGGAAAUUCGCAUUACAGAAGAACUGUAAUCAAUCCUGCUCAUUAAUGACUGUUGGGUUGGUACAUGCUAGUUGCAGCUUGCACGAAUGGGAAUCUGUAAAAGUGACUUUCUUUGCACCCUGUUUACUCCUUGAGCUAGUUAAUGACAUAAUGUCAUGAUGUAUGAAUGCACUGAAGCUCUUGUUUUUGAGUCUGGAUGAAAGUCUUGGUGUUACCAUUAAAUGGUAAAUUCUCUUUGGUGGUUCCAACGUCUGCAAGAUUAUUAUUAAUUUUGUGGAAUAAUUUUUCUGGAGUUUUUAAUUUUUCAUCUUUAUAACUCCACUGUUAUGCCAUUGGUGUACAUUGUAUCUCCCAUGGUAUGUCGUGAUCAGUAUUUUGUGUAAAGCUUGAACUGCUGUCAGUAACAAAAUUGUUGUAGAAUUUAGUGGUAUCCAGGUCAUCUAUUAUAGUGGAUUAUUGAUAAAAAAAAACCUCCAGGAAAUGGAUAUUGAUCAUGGAAAAUGUUCACAUGAACAUCCCCCCAAAAUAAAAAAAAAAUUAAUAUCUAUAUUUAUAGUUGGCAAAUCAGAUCUUUUAGUUAUCUUAUCCUUCUAAGAACUCUUUUAAUUUAUGAUCAUCCUAGGAACAUAUUUGCUACAUUUUCUUUUUAUUGGCUUUUAUUUGGUUUUAUUCAUUUUAACAAUAUUCUGAAACGCAUAGCUCAAUUAUUUUAUUUUAAAAUUUUUGUACAGUGCACUGUUAUUAGUUCAUUUUAUUAAUUUUUUUUAAAGUAAUUGUUGUUGUAAAGCACCAUUGGACAGCAAUGGAAAUGGUGCUUUAGAAGUAAAUGUUAUUAUUAUUAUGAGAAUAUUAAAAUGUGGGUGUUGUAUUUUAAAUGUCUCAUACAGUGAUGCAGCUUUAAUGCAUUGAUGACCCUUUUUUGAAACCUUCCAUACAUGUAUGUUUUUUUUGUCACGUUCUAAAACGUGCAGCAAUGGCUCUGCUUAAUUCUCUCUGUGGGUUUGUUAGGGUAAUUUUGUUCACAUUCAGUUGUGCACUUUGUGUUAAGAUGGUAAAAGACAGGUAGGUAAUCGGUAAUUAUGAUUUAAAACGAGCAUUAAGUCCAAUUGUAAGUACAGCCCAAAAUCUUGGUGUAUGGAAAAACACCUUCUACAUGACUUGUACCCUUCAAAAUUAAUAAUUUAUGCCUUCCUUGUCUUUAUUUCAGAGUCCAUGCAAACACUCUUUCUGUUUAACAUGCGCAGAAAAGGGAAAUGGAAAAUGCCCAAGGUAGAUUUAAAAUGGAUUUCAUCAUUUUUGUUACCUCAGUACAACUUGUUCGGCCAAUAAAUAAUGUUUACACUGGGCUAAGUACAUUCAAUGCUAUGUCACUAGAGAAAAGGUUGCCUUUGGUUGUAUGUAAUUUUUACUAAAACCUGUUUAAUCAAGACCAGGCACUUCGGAGUUCUUAAAAACUUGUUCGAUUGGGUUUGUGAGUUUCAGAACCAAUUACAUUCAAUACCAUGCAACUGGAAGUGUGAUUGACAUUGGUUGUUCAUGUAAUUUUGACUUAAACUUGCUUUAUAAUCACAAGCACUUCGGAGUUCUAAACUCACUCCAAAGGGUUUGCAAGUCCUAGAACCAAUUGAUUAUUAUUACAUUCAAUGCUAUGCCACUAGAAGUGUGGCUGACUUUGGUUGUUCAUGUAAAUUUGUCUAACUUGCUCAAUCACAAGGCACUUUGGAGUUCUUAAAAACUCGUUCCUAAGUUUUUGUGAGUUCUAGAACCAAUAAUAACUAGAAUUUGGAAGUGUGAGGUUUUUAGCAGGACUUGAAUUUGGGCCACAUGGCAAAAAAAAAAAAAAUUCUCAAAAUUCAAAUGAUGAAAAAGAGACGAAAUUCAAAGUUUUGAUUAACGUACUGACGAGCCAUGUAGCUAAGUUGUUGUUGCCUUUCCUGGGUCCAGAGUUAUGUUGCCAAGAUCCAGCUUAUACAUGUAAGUAGUCUCCCACCUCCCCGUUUUUGUCUCGUCACACAACGCUCCUCCCCUUUCCCCUCCCUUUCAUGGGGAGGAGUGUUGUGUGACGUGACAAAAACGGUUGCUUGAGAGACUAGCUUACAAUAAAUAACGGGAAUAAUAUCCAAAAUGGCAGUAUUUCCAAAAAUUGCCCCUCAUCAGGGUCUCUGAAGUCAUGUAAAUUUUACUUUAGGUGUGGGGAAAGUGUUCAGAGGAUUGAGUGAGCAGCGCUGGGCAGUGUGUAUGUAUACCCCCUUGUAUAGCAAUUCCAAGUAAUCAAAAAUGAUGAUUUUUUCCCUGUCUUGUUGUGCAAUGACUUUUAGGUCUCAUUAUGUUUGGAGGGGAGUUUUUGACAAGCUUUUUCCCAGAAGCUGGGGUUCAAGAAUGUAUGAAAGAACAUGGGAAAGAUCCAAAGUUAUGGAAAAUCAAGUAUGAAGAACAUUUUAUAUAUUUAAGAAUUUCCUUGAUUGAGUCAAAGUGAUGUUAUAAAGUCAUUUGGUUGAUAAGACCAAGUAUGAAAAUAAUAUUUUUGAGGGGAAGAGUUUGUAUUUUCAGGUAUACUUCUAAUGGAAGUACACUAUUUACUGCCUGUGACAGAGGAGUUGUUCGCAAGUGAGUCAUACUCUGUGGUAAUUGACAUGCAUAAGUGAUCUCUUUACUAGCCAUUAACAAUAUUAAUUUGCAUCUAUUCUUAAAUCAACAGAUGUUGAUUGACUGUUAAAACUCUAAAAAGUAGCCCCUAUUUUGUGGCCACCCUAAUUUUAGCCAGGACUUCUAAAAUUAUCAGUAAAUCAUUGAAAAUAGAACAUCUGUAAUAUACAUCUAUCACCCGAAGGGCAGGUAAACUAAUAGUGGUGGAUUUACCAAGACGCGAAGUAUCGAGGUAUAUAUCUAGCGCUAUGAACCGACUCUGAGGGGGUAGUUGUAUUAGACUAGUAUUCACCAAAUCAGUUGGAUAAAACUGAAAAAAGUGACUUGUUGUAAAUUAAAAGCGUCACUUAGUAGGAACUUUGUUUACAAUUUACAAACAUUUCAGGGAUUUUGUCAAGUGCGUUUUACGAUUUUGUUGCAAAUUCCCCUGCUUUUCCCUUCCUCCCUAUCCCCUACCCCUUUCGACGCCCGCUAUGCAGGAUAUUACAGUCCCUCUGUUGUUCUCGUCUCCUCCCAAACCGCCCCCGCCGCCUAAGUUGUUUUGACACUCAUGCAAGAUGGCAGCUUGUAACGCAAAGCGCCCGAUCUCGACGAUCUUACUGAAAAAUAGAGGACUGUGAACAGUCCAGGCCAAUCGUGAGGCGCAUAAGAAACUCGGAAGAAAUCCGCCUAUCAGAAACGCUCACAUAUGUCCUUGCAAUUCUGCAGGAUAUUUGAACGAGUUUUUGUGCACUAAUUCGCAGACGGACUAUACAAAUAGUUUAUAAGACGAGUGCGUGAGCCGGCUGCAACACAGCAUUACAGAAACGCGCCCAUUGAAAAACGUCGCCCGUGAAAAGUGGGGUACCCAUUAGGCUUUGCGAGCAAAAACGAAGUUUCAAAGACUACCGUCGUUUUCGGUCUCUUAUGAACUUCAUAGCGGUUAACUAUUCUCACACUUUCAAGAGACAAUGCAGAAACAAUAGAAGUAGGUUGCCAUUGUUUUAUGUGUUGGAAUGUCUUUGUCAUUGCUACAAAGAAGAAAAUGUUUAUGCAAAGAGAAGCAUUUUUCUUCCUCGUGCACUAACAUAAAACCCUCGCGAAUUCGGUAGUCUCGUGCGAAUCGUUUUGAUGGCAAAACAGUUAAAGCUAAUCAGAAACCAAAGUAUUCUUCACUUAAAAACUCAUCUUCACGAAAAUCACUCGAUAAGAUUGAAUAAAAAUGUUUGUAGCGUUUAUGAAUAUUAUUAUCAGAAGCGGUAUUGUAGUUGUUUUCAAGAGACGGAUUAGAUCGCUGUUUCGGUUUGGCCGUUAAAUAUGUAGUUAUAGCGUUCUUAAAGAAAGUAUCGCUCUUAAUUUUGCCUUAUACUUUGCUAAAAUCAAUAUCUUAAAUGAAGAAUGUAAGUGAGAGUGCUUUCUCGUCGAAUUUGCCCGUAACUUUUAAGGUUUAUAAUAUUAUCCAAAACCCGUGACAUAAAUGUAAACAAACUAUUAACGCAUCGGUUGCGCUUAUAUUUCAUCGAUCGAUUCGAACACCAAGAAGUUUGUAAAAGGUAGAAAUUCAUUUUAAGUCAGUGCAUUGAAUUAUUUACGGCAAAAUCAACAACAAUCAUCGAGGAUUUUUCAAUUUUGAAGCGUUUAACAGCAAAAAGUCAUAUGCUAAUUCGGAGUAAAUUUAGACAGUUUUUAAACAGACUGAGCUAUUGUUAGUCGCGUGAAGUUCUAUUCUUCAUCGAAGAAUAGGCAAAUGUUGCGGAUGUCUGAGCAGGAACAAUAACCAGGAAAGGGAUAUACCCAGGGGAUUUCUUGAUUGACACUAAAUUAACGUCAUUUUUCACUUAUUUGCAUUUUCACGAUCGACGUUUUUGAAUGGGCGCGUUUCUGUAAUGGGCUGCUUCCCGGCUACCGGGCAUAUAGCUCGGGCAUGUAGCCACAACGUAUUAUAAUUUGACACCACAUUAUCCAGAAUUUCAGACGAUUGCUUCGAGUGGUUUUUACUCCCUCAGCUGAAGAAGUAAAAACUACUCGAAGUAAUCGUGUAAAAUUCAGGCUAACCCGUCAUAAUGCUUUAUUAUUAAUUUUUCCAAUUUUUUAUGGAUGCCUGCAUUUCGGGACCUAUUUCUCGAAGCACUAAAGUCACUUUUGUUGACGUAAUUUGAUCAAAAUGGAACUAAAUGCUAAAGGAAGGGAAAAAUCCCAUAGGUUUAAUUUCUUCUUGGUAGAAGAUUGAUUGUUGCCUAUAGGUACGUUUUGUGCAAGUCUGGUUGUUAUGUGAAGGAAAAUGUACUUGACUUUUAUACUGACUUGCUUUGCAAAAUAUGAUUUCCUCGUAGACUUUUCCGUCGUGACAAAUCAAGCGAACUAUCAAGACUGCUCGGGAAUUUAUAACUGAGGUAGGCAUUGUAUUAGCUGAAGUUAUACUAGAACUACACGGUUCCUUUACCUUAGAAGGCAUUUGGUCAUUUAUAUCGCGGAAACUUUUGUCAAAGUAUUCUAUCUUCAUUUAGAAUAACCAAGCGAUCAGGAAAACACAACUCGCUUCGCAGCUGAGCGAUUGUGGUUUCUUGGGUAUAGAGUACAGUCGACGCUGUCAGACGCUAGGAAUAACUUCGCGUCAGUCAGAUAAUAAGCAUUUUUUCUCUUUCCCCAAUAUAUUUCGUUUCACAGAAUAGAAUAAGCCGGGCGUUACUCACGGGCACGAUUUGAAAGAAGUUAAAUACCCACCAGUCUCAAAGCGAACCUGGAAAGUGAAAACGCCUUCUCUUAAGCUCCAGAAUACAUGCAUAUUAGCCAUUAUGCUCAAAUUUUCGAGCAUAAUGAUUAUGUCUAACCCUAAUUUACAGCGUCGAAACUACUCUAUGCCCGAGAAACCACAACACCUCAUCUGCGAAGCCAUUCUUGUUUUCCUGAUCGCUUGUUAAUUUUAAAUAAAGAUGGAAUACUUUCAGACGAUUAGAAAGUACUAUAAAAAGGGAUUUUGCAGAAAUUCUAGAAAAUUUUCUGACUGCCGGGCAUGCAUAGUUUUUUUUAAGACCCUUCCCGGGUGCCGAGCAUAUAGCCACAGCAUAUUAAUAACUGUAUGUAUUUGAUUUAAUUUGACCACUCUUCAGCCUGAAUUUCAGACGAUUGCUUCGAGUCGAAGUAAUCGUCAAGAAAUUCGGGCUAACCUCUUGCUUUUAUUCAUGGAUGGCUGCAUUUCGGAAGCUAUUUCUGGAAGCACUUACGUCACUUUUGUUGAAACUGAAAACUAAAGGAAGGGAAAAAUCCCAUAGGUUUAAUUUCUUCUUGGUAGAAGGGUUGAUUGUGGCCUAUAGGUAAGUUUUGUGCAAGUCCGGUUAUUUUGUGAAGGAAAAUGCAAUUGACUUUUAUACUGACUUGCUUUGCAAUAUAUGUUUUCCUCGUAGACUUUGUCGUCGUGACAAAUCAAGCGAACUAUCGAGACUAAUCGAGAAUUUAUAACUGGGGUAGGCAUUGCAUUAGCUGAAGCUAUACUCGAACUACACGGUUCCUUUAUCUUAGAACGGCAUUUUUCAUUUAUCUCGAGGAAACUUUUGUCAAAGUAUUCUAUCUUCAUUUAGAAUAACCAAGCGAUCAGGAAAACAAAACUCGCUUCGCAGCUGAGCGGUUGUGGUUUCUUGGGUAUUCUCGGUUUUCACUGACUCAUGUGAGAACGCAGAAAUAAAAAUGGAAACCUUUAAAUACAGAAAGUCUAGAAUCUGGGAAAUGAGAGAAGAUAAAUGAACAAAACGCCUUGCCAAGAAUCAGGUCUACGCAAUAGUUCAUAUGCGAGAUAUUCGUAAAAUCGUUUGACCCAAAUUUAUGAAGCUUUGUAUGGAAACGCCAUCAUUGUUUGUGUCCCUUUCAGGGGCACAAAUAUGGCUGCCGGAAACCAACAUAAACAUCUGUUUUUGAGUUUUCCUACUUAUUGGUGAAUUCUUCGCUUGAGGAACUCAUAAAGAUUAAAGUGAUAUUCAUUCUAAGACAAGGAUUGUUUAGAUAGCAAAAUCUCCAAAAAUCCGUAAUGUUUUUAACCCACAUAAGAGCUUUCCCGGCCGCCAGCUAAAAAUGCCGCGUCACGCAAAAGCCUGGAAAUUCAAGAGUCCCGUAUCGAAAAACAAAGAAGCAGUUUGAACCUAAAUUUUUUUUGUGUAAAGGUUUUAAGGUGCUCUAGUAUCACAUGAAAGUAGAAACUCAGAAGAAGCGAUAGUUUCUUAGUUUGAAUUUUGGUGACGUCAUGUGAAAUCCAAGAAUUCUUGGUGUGGGGUGUGCCGCCCGGUUCUUUAAAUCCUGACCCGAUAUCAGACCAAAAAAUGUAAUUUUCCACGCCCGUUUUCAGACUAGACCUCUAAAAUCCAUACCCGUUGUCAGACCUGGCAUUUAGGCAGAAAUUAUGUUAUCUACGCGAACAAAAAAAAUUAUUCAAAUCCAGUUCGAAUUCGCAUAUUUUUCUCUCUUUCUUACUCAUUUGGAAUUGAAACGAUAAAAUACGUUCCUAGACUCUGUAGUUCCCUCGAAAACCAUACCCGAUUCCAGACCAAAAUGGGCAAAGUGUGUACCCAUUUUCAGACCAAAACGGCGCAAAAACCCUAAGGUCUGCCGGAUUAUGCUCGAAAAAUAGAGUAUUAUGCUUUCGGGUGUCACCCGUGAAACUAGGGUAUUAUGCUCAAAUUAUGCCGGACUAAAAUGACACUUUCAAUGGAAUCAAACCACUAUGAGAUGACGCGGCGUUACCAAAGCUUGUCAUUUUCUUUAAAUAUUAGCGAAUGGUGUGGCUAGCAUGCUCUUUCACUGUUUUUAUGAUUCUUAAAACUGCUUUUCAAAAUAUUUCGAAAACGCUCUCAUGGAAUUUGUUCAAACUUUGCCAUAAUUGAGGCAAUUAUGGCAGGUACAUUGCCUAGUCCCUAGGCCUCAUUAUUAUGCGCGGCCGAUGCGUUUCGGGUCACGCGGUCCGAGAAAGUUUUUGAGUAGGCUUUUGUACAUUAUGCUAGCAUUUUUUCGAGCAUUUUAGUGAGGCAAAGGCAUCUAGUGGCAUUUUACCGGAAAGUUAAUUUUUUGCGAGAAAAUAAAAUAGAAAUUAACGUUUUUCAGGAGCCCAUGGCCAUGGGCUGCUGCUUUUUUAAUGAAAAUGAAGACUAAAACUCAAAAUUCACGAAAAAACCUAAUAUAGCUGAGUGGAGAGUGAGGACAAGUCAGCGGUUUUACCUUUCAAGACUCAAGAGUAAAUUAAUAAAAAAAAAAACGUUUGUAUAAUAGCUCAUAUACCAUAACGGCUAAGCCAAUCAAAAUGCUAGAAUUGCAUUAUCCAAUGAUUCAGUUUUAGCGACAUUUUUGGGGGAGACCGAGCUUUUUAGUGGGAAAAAUGGAGCAUUAAGGUGGAGAAUUUUAGUGGGGAAACAAAAGCAUAAUGUACAAAAGCCUAUUUUUGAGGCCUAGACAAACUCGGAGAAGUGCGACAUUUUGUCUCACUUGGGGCGGAGCUUUUGGAAGCGGGCGAGCUGUCAAUAACUUUUCCGCGAUGAUGAAAGAUGUCCAGCAGCCACGGAGAGUAUGGAGCAUUUUUAUUCUAUGUCUUCUAUGCACGUUUUCAUUGUUGAAAGUCCUUUGGCGUUUCUUAUUCAUUUAUUUCAUUAAACUAAUUUGAACUUUAUCUCAUCUCAAAAACUAUUUGUAGGCUAAGCAAAACAGCGUCGCAAAAAAAUUAUUUGAUCAAGAAUCGGAAGGUAAGCUAAAGAAAUAAGUUUAUAUUUAUUCUUCGAUAUUAAAAGCUGUCUUUCGUUUCUCUAUUUUUGCUUGCUCCUGUAAAUUUCUCGUUAUCAUUUCACUUCGAAAUAUUUUAUGUAAUUUAAUUUUUGGAUUUGGAAGCUUAUCAAACUUAUCGGACAGGCUGUUGAAUUUGGUCUCUAAAUUUGGUAGAAUGUCAACAAACUACUGUGUCAAGUGUUAAUAUCAAUAAAGAAAUAUCAUUUAAUGGUUCAUUUGAAAAUGAACUAAAAGAGAAAUUACUUGCACGUUACAGUAGUAUUCUUUCCGAUUCAAAGUAAUAUUUUUGUUCUUUAAUAACAGAAACCAGGUUAGUUAUUUUUUUUUAUCAAUAGUGCCGAUCUUGAAGCGAAGGAUAUUCACGCGCAAAGUUAUUUAUAGAUUUGACCGUGUGAACUUUUCAAAAAUGCAAAACUGCUCACGCAUGCGCACUCCGAGAUUGUCUAGGCGUCUCCCGGCCGUUCGUCUCGGAUACGUCACCGAAAUGCAUUGACCGAGAGGGCCUGAAAGAACGCCGCGUAGGGACUAGGCAAGCAGGUACAUACUCCCUUAAGCGAUUUCUUCAAAAAACUCCUGGUACAGAGAAACACAAAGAUAAAUAAAAAACGUAAUGGCGUCAUUACGUUGCCAUGGCGACUCCGAUUGCAAUAAAACCCAGAUCAUAAGAAAUUUUCAUCUUUAUAUAAUACAGUUGUGGUAACCUUUUUUCCAUAUCUUUGCUCAUACCGACGUAGUUAACGCUCAAACUUGGGAGGUAUCCCCCUAAAAAAAUCCAGUCGAGCCACCUUAAUUUAACCCCUCUUUAGCCUGAAUUUCAGACGAUUCGUUUUUACUCCGUCAUCUGAGGGAGCAAAAGGUAAAAACGACUCGAAGUGAUCGUCUGAAAUUCAGGCUAACCCCUCAUAUGCUCUUUUUCAUGGAUGGCCGCAUUUCGGAAGUAAUUUCUGGAAGCAUUGACGUCACUUUUUAUGACGAUUUUUACUCAUAAUGAAACUGAAAGUUAAAGGAAGGGAAAAAUCCCGCAGGUUUAAUUAGGGUUGAUUGUUGCUUAUAGGUAAGUUUUGUGCAAGUCCGGUUAUUUUGUGAAGGAAAAUGCAAUUGACUUUUAUACUGACGUGCUUUGCAAAAUAUGAUUUUCUCGUAGACUUUUUCGUCGGGACAAAUCAAGCGAACUAUCAAGACUACUCGCGCGGGAAUUUAUAACUGAG